ACACAUACCCCUAUCUACUAAGCAAAAGCCAAAGCAUCUCUGCUUUCUCUUCCCUCCAUCCUUUUUUAUAACACUUCAAACUUACCUCUCAGUUGCUCUCUUACUCUUCUUCUCUGUUUUCUUCUUUUCCUCUCUUGGAAAUUGAAGUCUAGUUUUGCAGUUUCUAUUCAAUCCAUUUUCCUGCAGUUCCAAGGGAAGUUGAGGAUGGCGCAUAUCUUGGCUCCUUCAGCACAAUGGCAGAUGAGAAUUGCAAAGAACUCAACAGAUGCAAGUCCAUUGACUUCAAAGAUGUGGAGCUCGCUCGUUCUGAAGCAAAACAAGAAAGGGGCCGUUAAAACCUCUGCCAAGUUUAGAGUUCUUGCUGUUCAGUCUGAGAACGGGACAAUCAACCGCAUGGAACAGAUGCUAAACUUGGAUGUAUCCCCAAUCACUGACAAGAUCAUUGCUGAAUAUAUAUGGAUUGGAGGAUCAGGGAUAGACCUCCGUAGUAAAUCAAGGACCAUAUCCAAGCCAGUUGAACAUCCUUCUGAACUUCCAAAGUGGAACUAUGAUGGAUCAAGUACAGGACAAGCCCCUGGAGAAGACAGUGAAGUUAUCCUAUACCCACAAGCAAUUUUCAAGGAUCCAUUCCGUGGUGGUAAUAACAUCUUGGUAAUAUGUGAUACAUAUACGCCACAAGGUGAGCCCAUUCCUACGAACAAACGCUACAGAGCUGCUCAGAUUUUCAGUGACCCUAAGGUUGUUGCGGAAGUUCCAUGGUACGGGAUUGAACAAGAGUACACCUUACUCCAAACUAAUGUUAAAUGGCCACUGGGUUGGCCAACAGGAGGUUACCCUGGUCCUCAGGGCCCUUAUUACUGUGGUGUUGGAGCGGAUAAGUCGUUUGGACGCGAUAUAUCGGAUGCUCAUUACAAAGCUUGCUUGUAUGCUGGAAUCAACAUCAGUGGCACCAACGGGGAGGUCAUGCCUGGCCAGUGGGAAUUUCAAGUUGGUCCUAGCGUUGGAAUCGAAGCUGGAGACCACAUCUGGUGUGCGAGGUACCUCCUUGAGAGAAUUACUGAACAAGCUGGAGUUGUCCUCUCACUUGAUCCAAAACCAAUAGAGGGUGACUGGAACGGUGCAGGAUGCCACACCAACUAUAGCACCAAGAGUAUGAGAGAAGAAGGAGGUUUUGAAGUAAUAAAGAAGGCAAUUUUGAACUUGUCACUUCGCCACAGAGAUCACAUAAGUGCUUAUGGAGAAGGGAAUGAGAGAAGGCUGACUGGAAAGCACGAAACUGCCAGUAUCGACACAUUUUCAUGGGGAGUUGCUAACCGUGGUUGCUCAAUCCGUGUGGGACGUGACACUGAAAAGAAUGGCAAAGGUUAUUUGGAAGACAGGCGCCCGGCUUCUAACAUGGAUCCCUAUGUCGUGACGUCAUUACUUGCUGAAACUACACUCUUGUGGGAGCCAACACUUGAAGCUGAAGCUCUUGCAGCUCAGAAACUGGCGUUGAAGGUGUAAACCAUCGAACAUCUGAAGCAAAGUGCUUGAUUGGCGUGACACAGCAAAAAUGAGCUUAGAGACGCAAAAUCUUGUUCUCGUUUUAUUAGAUCCCUUUUGGAGAUUCCUGUAAAUAAGGGACUGAAAUGAGCAACUAGCCAUGCUUAAGCUCAGAAUGUUCCUCCAGCUUUCCUUCUUGGGAUUUGCAUUCAUGAUAUUCGAACAGUUCCACUGACAUUUCAUUUUGAUGUAUUGCAUUUUCAUUCCUGUCUGGAAUAGAGGUUUGGUCUGCUUUGGUA